AUGGACCGGUCCAAGAUGGCGACUGGACUCAGAGGUUGCCGUCCAACGCAGCCAGAGCGCUUGCCGCGAAGAGACGAGUACAGCGUAGGCUGGAGCAAUUACGAGCACAAGGAUAAUACAAGAGGCUGUGAGAUAUGCGACAGCUCGAGAUUGGCCAUCAGGGGAAAGCGGCGGGACGGUGAUGGGCCGGUAGUGCACUACGGCACCAUUGCCUCUGGCGAUCAGGUUUUCAAGAACGCGAGGCUACGCGACCGCAUUGGAAAGACACAUGGUGCUCUUUGCAUCGAGAUGGAGGCCGCUGGUCUCAAGCACGACUUUCCAAGUCUCGUCAUCAGAGGCAUUUGCGAUUACGCAGACUCUCACAAAAAGAAGGAGUGGCAGGACUAUGCAUCAGCCGCAGCGGCGGUGUUUGCGAAACUGUUUCUGUUGCACACUGCUACAGUUGCACGACCGGCUGCCGUGGCUGGCGGUAGCGAGGCCGAGAAGUCAGAGUGGGCAACGCACAUGGAGCGCCAGCGCGAAGUCUUCAAAAGUCUCUGGUUCGCACAGAUAGACUCCCGAUACGAAGACAUCACCGACCCUCAGGACGACACUUGUGGAUGGAUCACCCAGCAUCCAUCCUAUCUCGAUUGGUUGGACCCCAGUCAACUAUUCUCACACCAUGGCUUCUUUUGGAUCAGAGGCAAGGCCGGCGUCGGGAAGUCCACUAUUAUGAAGUACCUUUUCGAGACCACUCGGGAAGGGGCGGGAUCCGACCAUAUCGUUCUGUCAUUCUUCUUCCACGCCCGGGGUGGCGAGUUGGAGCGGUCAACGCCUGGCAUGUACCGCUCAAUCCUGUUCCAGCUACUGAGGGAGGUCCCACAGCUCCAGGCUGUGCUCGAGAGUCACGAAAGUCCCACCUGGUCGCUCAACAAGCUCCGCAACCUUUUGACAAAAGCAGUAUCGAUGCUACGGACGCUGUGCGUGACACUGUUUAUUGAUGCUCUAGACGAGUGCGACGAGGAAGAAGGCCUGGCGAUGGUCAAGGGUUUCCAACAGGAGGCCAGAACCGCUUUCGCAAAUGCUGUUUCUCUCCGCAUCUGUUUCUCCAGUCGGCCUUAUCCCGUGGUCGACAUGCGCAACGGGCUGCAGAUCGUUCUAGAUGAGCAGGAGGGCCACGCCCGGGACCUUCGGCGGUACGUCCAGUCGGAGCUCUCAGGUUGGCCCGUAGGGCUCCAGGAGUGCCUUGAAAGAACGAUCAUGCAAAAGGCACAAGGUGUCUUCCUGUGGGCAGUAUUGGUGCUCAAUCUGCUAUCGCAAGAUCUGAGGCAGGGCCGUGUUGACGCUUCCAGACUGGCAGAGCGCUUGGAGCGAUUACCACCUGGACUUGGCGACCUCUUCAAGGGACAUGAUCCACAGAGAUCAGAGAGACAUCGAGGAAUUCAAGCUCUGUGUCCAGUGAAUUCUUACGCGUCAGCGCCCCUGUCGCCCGAGGAGUACUAUCAGGCCAUGAUGAUAGGGCUCGAUCCAAGGUCGGAAGAAAGCUAUGCGUCAUGGGACGCCGAUAGUGUCACGGACGAGGUCCUCACACGUUUCAUCACAAGCACAUCGCGAGGACUAGCUGAAGCAACGAGAGGUCAUCAGCCCAAAGUACAGUUCAUCCACAAGUCGGUCAAGGACUAUUUCAUCGAUCAAACCGGCAUGAAGGAGCUCUUUCGGAGUCAGCCGUACGACAUGCCACAUGUCACGAAAGAUUGA